UUAAUCAAUAUACCUCCUCGUCAGGAUGAGCAUUUGGACUAGCGCCGGAUCAACACGCAACUUCGGUCGGUCUGGUACGGCGUAGGCGGCCAGGCACUGCUUCAUCAUGGCUGCACCACUCCUGCAGCGGUCAAAAGAUGGGCGAAAAGGCUUGCCGAGAGUGGCGUCUAACCGGAAUUGUGCAUAUCUUGGAGGUGCAAGCGAAGUGAUUCGCGUCGGCGUACAUCAAAUAGUAAGGUUUUGCGUUGGGUCAGAUAGUGUACAUGGAAUGCGUCGUGCGUCACGGAUACGGCGCGACCGUGUUCAUCAUGCUGCGCAAGCAUCUUACUCUGUGUCCGCGUAAGUCACUGGUCGGAGACGGAGCUGCUUGUAGCUCAAGGCUGGAGGAUUUCAACGGUUGGGUGGGGACUUAGCGAUCCGAGGACCACCGCACUCGAACGGGUCAACUUCGUGUCA